AUGGAUCAGUAUCAGAAUCAAAUGGCUCAAUCACAGAUUCAGUUCUACCAAUACAGGCCAGAGUCUGAGCAUAGACAUGCUGCAGUCUUUACACCCAUGCCUCAAGAGCACCAGCAGCCAGUAUACCACCAGCACAUGAUGGCAUACCCACCAGCUCACUAUACUGCUCCUCAAUACUGGCAACCGCCGCCACAAAUGCAGCGAGGUCAUUUCACACCUCAAAGGAUCACGACACCACACGGCUCACCACCAUUGACUCUAUCGGUCCCAGCAUUGAAGAUGAUGGAUUACAGUGGUCAUAUGGAUCACAUCCGAUAUUUCAAUUCACCUUCCCCACCAACACCAUGUCUUUCUGCUUGCCCAAGCACUGCCAGCAGUCCACCAGCAAGCAGCUUCCAGCAUACACCCACCCACCACGGUUACUUCAAUCUGCCAAUCAAACAUACAAAGGAAGAUCUGCAGGUUCAGAACUUCAUUUUGCAGGAGACAUGGGAAGAACCAACUCAAGUGCACAUCUUUCCCGACGCAGUCAGUGCCAAGAUCGCUUCCGGCUGCACUUCCCCUGCGCUUUCUUCGGCAUCUCCAGCGUCACAAGCUUCAUCAGCACCUGUUGCGGAAUUUGUGAACUUGAGAGAUCUUACUUCCGGCUCAUUCUCUCCAUCGUCCAUUGUGGCUACUGUUACUACCACUGUUUGUCCACCGUUGCCAACUUUGUCAACAGAGGACGAAGAACACAAACUUACGUUCGGUGGUGUUGCUACUCUUCUUGUUUCUUCCCAGGAUAAGUGUGACGGCUCAUUCACUGUAGAAAAUCCUUCCUUCGAGUCCUCCUUCUGCUCCGAAUUCGAUUCAGAGGACGAGUUCAGCUUCGUUAACUUCGGUGAAAGUGAAGCCGCUUACCACACUGAGAAAAAAGUGAGACUGACCGUCGAAGAGGAAGAAUUCGACAUCCGCAGCCUUAGCAGCUUUGAAGAGGAGGAUUGCGCUCAAGUCGGACUUCCGUCACCACCAUCGUCUCUGUUUGACGACGCUUGCUGCGGCAAGUCACACGGAAAGAAGAUGUCACGGGGUAGCGUCAACUUCGACUUUGACGAAGCUCACAUCAUGAGCCAUAGUGAAGGUCAACAAGCCUCAAGCGUUGCCCACUCAGAAGAUGCCUCUGGCAAUGCUCAGUCCAAUGGUAUCGAUACUGCUGCUUCAACUCCCCAGCCUUCAGGUGGUUCGACCAACAGACGAGGGCGCAAGCAGUCGUUGACAGAAGACCCAAGCAAGACAUUUGUAUGCAACCUCUGCUCUCGUCGAUUCCGCCGACAAGAACACCUUAAGCGCCACUAUCGAUCUCUUCACACCCAGGACAAACCUUUUGAAUGCAAUGAAUGUGGAAAGAAGUUCAGUCGAAGCGACAACCUUGCUCAGCAUGCUCGGACACAUGGUAGCGGUGCUAUCAUUAUGGGCGUGCUCGAAAAUGGUGAGCUUCAACCUCGUCUUCCUUUCGAUGAUGAGAUGGGUCAAGUUCUGUAUGAGGCUGCUCAAAGAGCCGCUGCCGCUUCGUCAAGUAGUGGCAGCUCCUCAGAUUCUUCGUCGUCCGAGGGCAAGCGAGGUAUGAAGAAGCGCAAGCGAGAUGACUUGUCCUUGUGA